UGAACACGUGGCUUUUCUGUCCUUUUCGUUUUACCCCAUCGGCUGCGACGCAGAUUCCGUUGCCAUUCCCCGUCGGCUCUAUACCCGGAAAUUUAGGUUGGCAAUUUUCUCUCUUACCAACAGGGACAAGGAUACCCCCGACGUUGGCAUUUGGCAUUUUCCGACUACGACACGGUGUUUUCCAUCUCAGAUCCUCAGUGUUCACGGGGGCAGAUACAUGCACUAUGGCCGUAAGACGAAGGCUGUCUGAAGCGACAGCGCUCGUUCCAGACCUUCACGUUGGAGUGCCAAAUCUCUCCAAAACGCUCCAUAUACACGAGGUUCCUGUCUGGAUGAGAGAUAACGAGUAUAUCGUCUCUGGGUAUCGAAGAGCUCAAAAUCACUGGCGAGGAUGCUUCCAUUCUGUCUUUGGAUAUUUGCACAACGAAACUGUCAACAUCCACAGCCAUCUCUGGGGCGCGGUCUUAUUCCUUUAUUUUCUUAUCACAUUUUACCCCAACUUCCUAGAACCGUACCCGAACACGACCUGGAUUGACUUAUUCGUUUUUGUGACAUUCUUGUCGUCGGCGGUGUUCUGUCUAGGUGCAAGUGCCUUCUUUCACACAUCCACCUGCCAUUCCAAAGAGGUAGCGUCGCGUUGUGUGGCAUUCGACUAUUCGGGGAUCGUCGUACUCAUCUUAGGAUCCUUUUACCCAUCUAUAUAUUACGGCUUGUUCUGCAAUCCCUAUGCCCAAGUGACGUACAUAUCGCUACUCACAACCGCCGGUCUCGGCGCGGCGUACGUUGUUCUUCAACCUGAAUAUGCUCGUGCCACACAUCGCGGACUGCGAACGAGCGUCUUCAUCGGUUUAGGACUAACUGGGAUUAUUCCCGUGUGUCAUGCAUUGGUUACCCAUGGCUUCCUAAAGCUUUUCUCAGAUAUGGGAUUAAAUUGGCUUUUGUUUUCGGGCGGAUUAUACAUUGCGGGGGGCUUACUUUAUGCAAAUCGUAUCCCAGAAAGGUUCUGGCCAGGGAUGUUCGAUUACUUCUUUUCUUCGCACCAGAUAUUCCAUGUAUGUGUUGUGAUAGCCGCCCUGGCACAUUUUGCUAGUAUUUCCACUGCUCUGGAUUUCUGGCACACUGAACAAGUGUCGUGUCAGCUGUAGAUGGAUGCUGUCGUUAAUGCUAUUGUCCUGUCAUACCUCAGUGCCUUCUUUUGUCGUGGCGGUCGCGAAGUCUCCAUCAAAAGAGACAUUUCUAUGUCUGGCCCAGUCAUAUCCUGUUAGUCAACGCCGCCGUGUUCCGAACGAGGCUUCGCACCCCCGUUAUCUGUUGUGCUUGGGUGUGUAAUCUGUACCCAGUUUUCUGGCUGGCAAUCAUACGGAAGACUGUCAUCCGACGGAUCAUAUGUCCCUAGCGUGCAAUGGAUUUUGAAUACACACUACACACUAUCAUUCCGAGGAAUAGUCGUUCUUUGUGAAUAUCUAAUUUUGGGAGGAUUUGGA